UUGCAGCAUUUGAGAGACCACACCCCUCAGGGACACCAGUUGUUACCGACCAGGGUCUAAAAUUAAAACUCAUUACCUCAGUGUGUAUGCACGGUUUCAUUUAAACUAAUGUGCAUGUAUUGGCAAAACCUAUACUGAUUAGGGGGGAACCGUGGUACUCUGGUGUGGAUGAAUCAUAGACUACAUUUGAAGUAAAAAAAAAAAAAAAAAAAAGCAGCCCUGCCAGCUGACUGGUAUACGGGACCUUUAAUGCAGCUGCAGCUCUUCAUUCAGAUGCUGAGUGGAGCAGCGGACGACCGGAGGAGGGACGCUUUUCCAGGGAAAACCUCACCACAUCUCUAGUCUAAUCGCAUUUUUUUUAAAAACCCUACUUUGAAGCAUACUGAGGGAUUUUCUCGUUAUUUGUAGUAUUCAGCGCUCUCCUGGAUGCACACCGAGCGGAUUGCGGCAGUCAAAGCGCCCUGAGUGAUCGGAGCUCAGCAGCAGCAGCAGCAGCAGCAUCUCAUUGUAUGAAAUGCGUCACCGUGAUCCUGUAUUCCCAUUUACAAUUAUCGGCUCUGCACUCACGGACUGUUCCCUGCACUGACUGUUUCAUCAGGUAAACCACAUGCGCGGGCCGGUGUCACCGCGCUGAGCCCGGUGAGCACGAAGGGUACUGGGGUCAGAGAGACGACAUGGACCGGAUGACAGCCAGAACCUCCGAGGCCGCGGGGCUGUCGGUGCCGGUGCGCCGCUGCCACGGGCUCCUCCAGGCCAACAACGGCACCUGCGCGGAGCAGCUCAGCAUCUUCCCCCCGUUCUCCUCCACCCUCGCGCUCCUCGUUCUGGUGGCCGUGCUCGUGGGGAUCGUCCUCGUUUCCCUGGCAACCUUCCACUUCCACAAGAGGAAGCUCCGGAACAGGAAGAUCCAGCGCGCGCAGGAGGAAUACGAGCGCGACAGUCGCAACCCGGCGCGCGGCGGCGGAGAGCCCGCGAGGCCGUGCGUCAUCGUCCGGCCGGUGAGAUGUGAGGAGACCAAGCUGUCCUGCCAGAGCGCAGAGAGCGGGGACGUCCCCGAGGCGGCGGAGGACACCCAGACGGUUCCUCUUGACUGUUAACUCAGUGCAACUUCAGGGAAUGAGACUGUGGAAUAAACAGGAAAAGCAAUAAGGCACAAAGAACUCCCACAUCGAUCUCUGCUGCUUGUAGAUGACUUAAAAUUAGUAAGAAAAAAAAUGCAGAAUACUGAGCAGAAUAGUCGGCCUAGAGGUAACACUAGUACUACAGUGGCACAUAGGAUAGCUAUGCGGCCGCACACCUUCCUAAUACACUAGUAUUUAGCCAACCGGUAAUUCCUUAUGGAACUGUAUAAAGUAUUUGCCUGCUUUGACUUUUGGACCUCUUCCUCUUCCCCAGCCUAAAACGUUGUUUAAACCUCAAAGAUGUUUAAACUUUAAACCCUCCUCGGGAUGUGACACGCGGUUGUGUUAAAUUAUUUAAGAGUUGGUGACACAACACAGACCAUAAUGGCUCGCUGAUCUUCCUUGGCAUGUCCUCUGACACACUACCAGUAUGUAGUUAGACUAUAAUGGAUGUUGUGGUGCUGUUAGGCAGUGCAAAGCUGCAUAUAGGCUGUAGAAAUGGCUUAUUUGUAUGCGUAGUCUUUUUUCCUUGAAUUAAGUGACUUAGCAUAUUUGCAUAAAGUACUGUCCUCCAAUGUCUGCUAGACAUCUGUAGGUAGCUCUAGUUAGCCUGACAGAAUGCAAGACUUUUUUGCUGUAGUUAUGCACAUAUGAUUGUUUCCUUCAAUGUGUCAGAUAGUAAGUUUUAGCGCUAAUACGGUAUUUUCCUUUUCAAGUAUUUAUAGCUAAUGUAUUCUCUGACAUGUAAUAAACUGAGAAUCCUUCCAGCAUAGGUUUUCAGCUCAAGCCAGUCUUCUUUUCAUUCUCCAUAAUGUAUCAUAGUGGGCCUAAUAGAAAUUAUUAUGUGUCAUUUAUCAUAUGAAUUCACUGUAAAUGUAUGCCAUUAUGAGAGCUGGAAUGUUUUACAGUAACAUCAUCUUUCUGGAGUUCAUAUAACCUGCCUUAUCAAAGGAAAAUAUGUAAUAUUCGAAGUUUAUAAAUAAAUACUUUAUGUUAA